GAGCAAGAGCCGCAACCUGCUCCGCACACCAGGCUCUACGAGUACAUCCCUCUCUACCUGACGGGCAGCACCCGCGCGCAGGAGAUCACCCGCGAGCACUACAUGGGCGAGAUCCUCUUCCCUGGGAUGAGCCGCCGCCCGACUCUGGACGGCCGCCACCGCCUCUUUCAGCACGACUACCACUGGGAGCUCUCCUUCGGCUGGACCUACAAGAGCUUCGGGGGGAGCAUCUUCCUACAUCAGCGGUUUCGGCAGGCACACCUACGUGACCCAGGCUAUGACCAUGAUGGAGCCUGUGGGCAGUCGUCGCACGCCCUUCAGCGGGGCGGACCUCAGCUCGGCGACUCCGUGGACGAGACGUUUCUCGGCUCCUCGUCCCUGCUCGUGCCCGACUUGCGGAGCGAGGUCGACAGCGCCGUGGGCACCUUCCUGGAGCUGGAGGGCCCCUCUGGACGUCUUUGGCAACGGUUCCUCUCGGACCACGACACCUUCUUUGUCAGCGGGGACACCUUCAUAGGGACGCACGGUCGCCGCCUCAACAUAUUGUACGAUCGAGACCACCGCUCCUUCUACGCGGGCGACAUCUUCAAGGCCCACGCGCUGCACACCUGGGACUACGACGCGAUCAGGCUUCGUCGGGAGGGCGCCCUGAAGACGCGCGACCUGCAGCAGGCGGUCACGUUCCUCCCCAAGACGGUGCGCCUGCACGCCCAGCUGCUCAGGGACCUUGCGGACUCGGAAUGGAUCAGCAUCGUUACCACGCCCACGGCCACUACGAUCGUCGCAGCUCGGGAAGCGGGCAAGAUGUACGCAGAGGCGGCGCA